UAACCUUUGUAGUUUAUACUUUUCAAGUUAUUUUUAACACUGAAAUGUGUUUAUUUAUUUUAAAUAAGUUAUCACGAUAUAAAUAUAUUUUAUUUAUUGUCGUUAUUGUAAUAUCGAGUAUUAUUACUAAUCAAAUAAUUAAUUUACUAUCACCCGAUCUGAUAGAAUUAACUGAAUUAUCAAAAUGUCCCGCGUGUUACGGAACUUGUGCGUGCGCAAAAAUAUUUAGUAAUAGUUUUAAAAUUGAUUUUUUAAAUUUUUACACCAUUUUAUCCCAUUUGUUUGCCGCCAAAAAUGUAUUUUAUGGCAGUAUCGGUAAAACUAAAAUUGUUUUUAAGAAAUUAGCCCAUGAUCAAGAACUUAAAUUAUUUGACGACAUGAUUUGUGAAAAUGAAAAUUUAUCGCAUUUGUGUGUGAACGUAAAUAAAAAUCAUAAUGAUAUAGAUUGUGAUGUAAAUAAAAUUGAUUAUUUAUCAUUAAUAAAAUCCGAAGUAUCUUUAAAUAUAAGUAAUGCAAACGCUAAAUUAGUUUUAUGUCCAAAUACGAAUCAUUUAGAAAAUUUAUUAAAUUUAUCACAAAAUUAUACUUUUUCUAACAAUGAUUAUAUUUAUUUAUGGACUUUAAUUAAAAUUAAUCCUGAACCAAUUAUUCUUAAGAUUCUGCGAGCUGACGAAGGAUGGCCAGUUGCUAAAUAUUACGGAGCUUGUGGACGAGUAGUCGUAGAAAAAUACGCGGGUCUUCCUCUAACACUAUAUUAUCAUGAAUCAUGGUUACGUCGAGCGAAAAUUGCAAUAGGAUUACUCGAAUCUGUCAAUAUGUUUACAUUCCGCAAUCCAGAAUACUCAUUCUAUUUUACGGAUUUAUCACCUGAUAAUAUUGUCAUUGACGAAAACGAUAGGCCUGUAUUUAUUGACCUAGAGAAUAUUAUUGUUUUACAUAAAAAUAUUUCCAUUGAAGAUCAACCAAAAGAAUGGAAUAAUUUACAUACUAGCGAUAAUAUUGACUGUAAUAAUUGUUUUUCAUUUUCACCAACGGAUAUUUGUAGUCACCGGAUAAGUGAUCACAAUUAUUACUCCAUUUGUCAGCAAAUUUUAUCAGAUAAAUCAAAAGAUGAUGGAUUUUUGCACUCGAUACCUGUAGAUAUUUUACAUAAUUAUAAAAAUUUAAAAGCCAUGAUUGAUGAAUGUGCGCUACCUCAUAAAAUAAAGUCACGAAUUGAAGCUGGUGAUGAAUUAAAAAAAAUUUUACAACGUAUUUUAAUAGACUUUCAUUACGAAUAAAUAAAUACAUGACUAAAUUAAAUUAUGAAUUAUUUAUAUUUUAUAACUUCUUAAUAAAGAGUUUCAAGUAAAUUCCUUUUUUUUUUGUUUUUUUAUGAAAAUCGAUUUAUUUAAAAA